AUGGACGAGGGUGUUGGUGUCUGUUUAUAUACGGAACUAGCCAACAAUUACGAGACAACCCUGAUGGGAUAUGGAGAGAGAGGGAGAGAGGUUGGUCUCUCGAAUUCAGCCCUAUGUGGCCGAACGUAUCACACGACCGGAACUAGCUUUCUGGCUCCCCUCUGGCAUCGACAGGUGGUCAUUGAUGGGUUUGAUCCUAAAAAGCCCACCCCCGCCAAGUAG